UAGGGUUUUCUGGUCGCAUCUGGAUCCCAAUACAACUAGCUUACAGUUUAAUGUCCUGUCGUUGAGAAAACACGGCUAACCUAAGUUUGGAGAGAAAGCAAGACUAGAAAGAAAGAAGAAAACGCGUAUUCGGCAACCCCUUACCUCAUACUUCUGGCUUACUCUUUGGUUUAAGUUACAUGUUCGUCGAAGAGGUGAAGCAGUGACUUUGUGUGGUUCUGAGAUUCUUGCUCGGGGUAGGAAAAAGUUUUUCUUCGGUUUUUAAACUGCUUUAUGAUCCUUCUCAUCGUGUUCGACUUAAUCGGGACCCUAAUAUUUAGGUUGAAUUUAUUAAACCAGAGUAUAUGCUCGACGUUAAAGAGUUGUUUUUUUUCCAUGACCAUUUUCGCUGCAUUUUUUUUUCCUUGGACUAGACUCUGAUGUGGACUCUGAGCCGCUGUGAAUGAAGUUUCUGUUGAGCUGAAGAAAUCAGCGCGUCUCCAUGAGGAAACUCGGCGUGGGAGUCACUGAAACUUUGUCCUAAUUAUUGACUCAUAAACACCUGAGCGAGUCUCGUCUCUCUUUUUUUACUUCGUGCUGAUUAAUUUUUUUAUUUUUAUUUUUUUACUUUAACUGACUCAAAAUGAAGACGCUAUUGGUGCUGUAUUUAGCUUGCACUCUGGUUGUUUUGUCUGUGUCGGGGACUGCGGAGCAAAAGUUGAAAAACUGCAACGAUGUUCGUGUCGCUUACAGCUCCAAAGGCUUUAACGUUAACGAUGUUCCAAACAAAGGAGUCAAUGGAGCUCCCUUGAAAGUGUGUCCGCAGGGUUACUCUUGCUGCACAGUAGAGAUGGAGGAGAAGCUGAGCCAGCAGAGCCACACAGAGAUCAAAGCUCCUGUCUCAAAGCUUAGCACUAAUCUACAAUCCACCUUCAGACAGAGGCAUGACCACUUUGACAAGUUUUUCCGUGAGCUUUUAAAAAACGCAGAGGUCUCAUUGCACAACAUGUUUGUGCGAACCUACGGGAUGAUGUAUGUGCAGAAUGCAGAGUUGUUCAAAAACUUUUUUGAGGCCUUGACUCAGUACUACAUAUCUGGAAGUGCUGCUGUCAACCUGGACUCUAUGCUGUCAGACUUCUGGGCUGACCUCCUGGAAAGGAUGUUCCGGCUGGUCAAUGUACAGUAUGAAUUCAGUGAUUCCUACAUGGAGUGUGUCAGCCGGCAUACAGAACAGCUUCAGCCCUUCGGCGAUGUACCCCGUAAGCUCCGUAUCCAACUGACACGGGCCUUUGUGGCUGCACGCACCUUUGUACGCGGCCUGACGCUCAUGCCAGAAGUGGUCAAUAAAGUUUCUACGGUCAGUGCAUCUCCCAGCUGUGUGCGAGCUGCCAUGAAGAUGUUGUACUGUCCCUACUGCUCCGGCCAAGUGGCCCUAAAACCCUGCCAGAAUUACUGUCUGAACGUGCUGCGUGGGUGUUUGGCCAACCAGGCUGACUUAGACACAGAAUGGAACAAUUUUCUUGAUGCCAUGCUUAGUCUAGCUGAGAGGCUUGAAGGCCCCUUUAAUUUUGAGUCCGUCAUGGAUCCCAUUGAUGUGAAGAUCUCCGAAGCAAUCAUGAACAUGCAGGAGAACAGCAUGCAAGUGUCUCAAAAAGUUUUCCAAGGAUGUGGUCAGCCAAAACCAAGUAUGGCUUUCCGUUCCACUCGUUCUAUCAAAGAAACAGGCUUUACCGGCCGCUUCCGCCCCUACAGUCCUGAUGCGAGACCUACUACUGCAGCUGGCACCAGUUUAGAUCGAUUGACAAGUGAUGUAAAGAAAAAGCUGAAACAUGCAAAGAAGUUUUGGUCCACAUUACCUGAGACUGUGUGUGCAGGAGAGAGGAUUGCACCUGGGGAUGAGUGCUGGAAUGGAACUGCAAAAAGCAGGUAUGAGUCAGUUGUCAUUGGCAAUGGGCUGGCUAAUCAGGUUUCAAACCCUGACGUGGACGUGGACAUCACAAAGCCAGACAUUGUGAUUCGCAGUCAGAUUGCAGUACUGAAGGAAAUGACAAGCUGGCUCAAAGCAGCACACAGCGGAGUUGAUAUCUCCGUUGACAAUGGUGAGGAUGGCAGUGGAGCAGAGGAGAGUGGCAGUGGUUGUGAUUCUCCCUCCUGCAACACCGACCGGGACAUCUACUUCUCAACUCCACCAAACCCUGGUAAACCCCGUGUCAAUCAAGUGGUGGUGGGCAAUCAUUCAGCUGCAGUUGCCUCACAGAGGAGCAUGGCACUGGCACUCUGUGGACUGGCCCUGGCCUUGCUUCCCCACUUGAGAUAAAACUGGCUGUGCAGGGAGAGAAGGGGAAAAACCAGGAAUGAUGGAGCAAAGGGGAAAAAUGUCAGAGACUGUAAAAGACUGCCUUCAGGAGCUUGGACUGCCAUUGGGGGGGGGCUCUUCUGAAUAUUACAGUACCUUCACCUCUACUUAUUCGUUAGUAUGUUUCAAGGACAUCAGUGUACAGCUUUUUGACUUUCUACCCAAGACAUCCAUCCACCUUUUCCCUAUACCCCAGAUAAUCAUUUACUCUUUGGUUCUUGUAGAGCCACAAUAUGGUUCUACUUGCAGCAUAAAAAACAUUAUAGCAUUGUCUAUUUUGGCAAUAUAAAUUGAUUAUUCAUAAUUGUGCCUUCUUCAGUGAUUGCCUUCCAGUAACUGAAUAGUAAGCUGGAUGUUAGGAUAAACACUGAGUGCCUGUGAUGGAACAUGUCUUCACAUUUCUGAGGACCUUCAUAAUUUUUUUUAUGAAUGUUAACAAUUUAUGCCAACCAUUGCUGCACAUUAUGAAUGUGCAAACUGUUUUUGUUGCUUUUCCACUUCUACAUUCAAUCCAUCAGAAAUUAUGAAACAAGCUGGUGAGCUCAACUAAAAAAUUAUGAACGCUUGUGUUCCUCUGCCUUGAAAAGACAUUUAAAUCUUUCCGCUUAUUUGCAUAAAUGCAGUGAGAGAAAUUACAGCACAGGUAUUCGUGUUCAACCUUGGUAGGGAAUCAUUCUUUAAAACUGCUUUUGAUGUGCUCUACCUAGACAUGCAUAUUGCAUGUCUGCUUAAAGAAUUAUUACAACCUGUUGUUAAAUUUCCUCAUUGUUUUUUUUUUUUUUUUACCUUAAUGUCCUCAGCUUAAACAUUUCAUUAGUAAGGACAUACUUAAUGCAUGCUGUCAUUGUCAGUGCAGUCUAGUGGUGUUGAGUUGAAGUGAAUUGUCUGGUAGAGUUGAGAAAUAUGGCUGGCAUCCUGACAAAAGAUAACUGUUUUGGAAGAAGAAGGACCCCUACCCCCGGCAUAAACCCUAAAGAAGGCAAAGCUGACAAGUCCCGAAUGCCCUUUUUGGUACUGUAAGCUCAGUUCAGCGCAGAGAAUCUGCCUCUGUACAGUCUGACUUGUCUCAAAAGAAAAAGCAUUCAAAGUGUUUCACAUUUUACUAGAGAAGAUGAACAAAACACAGUGCUGUGAUCAAACAAAAUCAAGAAAGGAUUAUUUUAAUACAGGGUUUUAUGUUGAAGAUGUUGUAAUUUUUGCUAAUUUUGGUAUGAAGCUCUAUGUUAGGUACUACAGUGGAUUUUUACAGCUAGUUUUAGGUCGUGGACACUGUGGGCACUUUUGGUCAGUGUGCUAAAUUUUCUUGGCUAUUUUUUUGCCCACAUCCCCAGACACUCUUUUACCUAUUGAAUGCCCUGUGUCAGUGUAAACUGACUCAUCCUGAACCAUUUGAUUUACCUAUCCUCAUGUUCUUACUGUCUCAACUUGAGCUAAAUUUUCAAGUAUUUUCACAAAUGCAAUGAAAAUUAAUGCAAUGCAUGGUGCCUGAUCUUUUUUUGUGAAACCUUGGUACAUUAUUAGCUUCCUCAUAAGGUAAAAAAACAGUAUAUAUGUUGUUUUAUAUCUUUUAUCUGCUACAGUUCUCUAGAGGACAAGAGAAAUUGUGACAAAAUGAUGAGCACAACAAAGGAUGUUCUAAUUUGAUAAUCAGGUCUUAAAGUUGCAUUACCUGAUGAUUUCAUCUCUAAAAUGAUACUGCCUCAUGUAGUUUUUGUACAGUAACUUAUGCACAUUUUAAUUUCAUUACAAACAUGCUUCUAGAACUGACAUAGAAUAUCCAAAAAUAGAAUCCACUAAGACAAUACACUUCUCAAAGUAAUCUAUUGAACUGAUGAGUUUUGGGGGUGUGUGAAUAUGCAUUAUGUAAAAUACAGAAAGAUGGACUUAGUUAAGUGAAAUGUUGUAUACUGAGCACAAUCUUUUUGCCUCUUUUGUCCUUGAUAUUGACAGGUUGAUUGUAAGCUUGGUGGAAAUUUUAUUCCAAAAAUGUUCCCUAUUAGCAGACUUAACAUGUCAAAUGUAUUCAAAUAAAAUUCUGGUGGUUUUGAACAAACAUAAAAAAAAGCCAUUUUAAAGUGAUAAAGCCUUAAAAUAAUGACGCUGCUUUGGCAGCUUGGUUUGGAAUUGUUUCUGCAUGUUACAAGUUCAGUUCUCAAUAUUUUGUAUUCCACCAACAUUUCUACAAGGGCUUAUGCAUAUGUUCUUGUCACAAAGAAGAGCUGUAACAAGUGUGAAGACACCCAAAUUGCUGAGAACUGUAGGAAAUGUUUUGGGCAAUGAUGGUAAAAGUCUGUGUUUGUGCGCAAGGGCAGCAGCAUUUUCCAGCUGGCAGGAAUUUUUCCAGCUGCUAAAUGUUGUUCAUUUGGUCCAACGUCUAACCUGAGUCUAGAGACCUGAGGUUCAAAGGGAUCUUUGUUAAACUUCCCUUAGCCUUUGGCUCACAAGAAUGGAUAAAACUCAUCUUUUGAUGAGAGUGACUGAAAAGAUGAAAAAGUGUAAAUAAAGAGCAGCCAUCUUUAGAUGUCUCUAAAAGAGGCUGUAACAGUAAACCAGAUUUUUACUUGUCAGAGUAUCUCCUAAAUGUUAUGGAAAAACAAGAUGAGAUAGAUGUUAAAUGUAAGAGAAAAUGUAUAUUAAACAACAUUUCUUAGUCUUGUUGAAAUAAAGACUACCAAUAUUUAAA